UUGGGUAAAUAACAAACCACCCACUUAUUUUGUAGCCUAACGUUCGGGAGUCACGAGAAGUUUAACGUUAACGAGAAUGUCACAGUGGGAGUGGAGAUGACCCGGAGGAACCUGACGAAAACGACUUCACUGGAGGAUUUCCGAUAAGCAGCGGACGCUUACUUGUGUCAGGUCCGGGCUCCCACUUUUGUUAGCCCACCUGCCCUCGGUGUGUCUCGUCUCGUACGGGGGAACCGCUGUGUGGCUGUUAGCGAAGCUCGUUAGCCGCUAACUACCGCAGCUAGCGAGCUAACUAGCCGCGUCGCCCGGGUGAAGUGAACAAGACGCGGUGAGGUUGAUUUGUUUUUUGGAGGGCUAGCGGGCUGGAUAUAUUUCCCGAGAGGGGUUCGUUGCCGUCGGAGGAGGUGUUAUCAACACCGGUGCCAGCUGCAUUGUUGUGCCCCCCCCACCCCCUCCCUGCCCUCUUUUCAUUGUUGGCGGAGAAAAACUGACUGCACACCGCUGAGACCGUGCACGCUAGCAACGGCUGCAGCCCAGCUAGCGUGAUGUGUCACAUUAGCUAACGAACCUAACACACUUUUUUUUGUUUUUGACCCGUUUGUGAGUGGAUGCUGUCAGUGGCGCGGGCUUUGGGAGACCGACGGGGUUUGUCUUAUCCCACCGCGACGCCUGUGUAUUAACUGUACUUUCAUGUCGUGUCACCCGACAGCAAGUAGUCCCUCCAGAGGAACCAGACGCGGAGCAUGCAGGAGAAGAAAAGACACCAGAUAAGUAGAUAGGGGACGUCGGAUAUAACCGAGUUAAAUUGGACUGUGUGGUUAAUUCACCACCAAACAGGGGGGUUGCAUUUGGUGGGGCGGACUGAAAGAUAAAGUCAAGGAUGAAGAAGUUUUCCAGAAUGCCAAAGUCCGAAAGCGGCGGGCUCGGAGGGGCGUCCGGGUCCGGGUCCAGCUCCGGAGUCAGCAGCUACUUCGGGAAAGUGUUCGCCGUCGGCCGGUAUCAAGUCACCGUGGAGGAGCUUAUUGCAGAAGGAGGCUUCUCGGUGGUGUUUCUGGCUCGUACGCACAGCGGCGUCCGCUGCGCUCUCAAGAGGAUGUAUGUCAACAACGUCCCGGACCUGAACGUCUACAAGAGGGAGAUCACUAUCAUGAAGGAGCUGUCGGGCCACAAAAACAUCGUCGGCUACCUGGACUCCACGAUCAGUCCCGUGUCGGACAGCGUCUGGGAGGUCCUGAUCCUCAUGGAGUACUGUAAAGCGGGUCAGGUGGUGAAGCAGAUGAACCAGCGGUUGAAUGUGGGCUUCAGCGAGGCCGAGGUCCUUCACAUCUUCUGUGACACCUGUGAGGCCGUGGCUCGCCUGCACCAAUGCAAGACGCCCGUCAUCCACAGAGACCUAAAGGUUGAAAACAUCCUGCUGAACGACCAGGGAAAUUAUGUGCUGUGUGACUUUGGAAGUGCCACUCACAAGGUUUUGCUGCCACAUAAAGACGGAGUUACUGCUGUGGAGGACGAGAUUAAGAAGUACACGACCCUGUCGUAUCGGGCGCCUGAGAUGAUCAACUUGUACGCAGGGAAAGCCAUCACCACUAAAGCUGAUAUAUGGGCACUUGGAUGCUUGUUGUACAAGCUGUGUUUCUUCGCACUUCCAUUUGGGGAGAGUCAAGUUGCCAUAUGUGACGGAACCUUUAUCGUUCCAGAUAACUCCAAAUUCUCCUUCAAGUUGCACUGCUUAAUCAGAUAUAUGCUCGAACCAGACCAGGAGAAGAGACCAGACAUUUACCAAGUGUCCUACUUUGCCUUCAAGUUGGCUGGAAAAGACUGUCCAGUGCCAAAUCUCUUUAACUCUCCUAUCCCUACGUCGCUCCCAGAGCCUCUAACGGCCAGCGAGGUCGCUGCUAAGAAAAGUAUGACAAAAGCCAGGAUAACAGACUCUGUCGGCCCGACGGAAACAUCGAUAGCUCCCAGACAGAGGCCGAAGGCUGCCAACAGUAACGUCCUGCCCCUCGCCAACACUGUCACCCCUGUCAAGAUGACCAUGCCCUCAGCACCCGUCAGCAACGGCCAGAAAGCUCCCACCCCUGGCUCCGGGCAGCCGUCCAUGCAGCCCCAGCCUCAGCCCAGCAGUCAGCAGCACCGAGUCCUGCAGCAGCUACAGCCUGGCGACCUGCGUCUACAACAGCUACAACAACAUCACCACCACCAACAACAACAACAACAACAAGCAGUGCAGCAGCAACACGCUAACGCACAGCAACUCCAAUACCUCCAGUACCAACAGGCGGUGCAGCAGUCCCUCCAGCUUCAGCAGCAGCAGGCCCUGCUCCAGCAGCAGCAGCAGAUGAUGAUGCAGCCGAUGUACCAGCAGCAGGUUGCUCAGGCCCAGGCCCAGGCUCAGGCUCAGGCUCAGGCUCAGGCUCAGUACGCAGCCAUGCUGCACCAGUACCAACAGGCUUUUGUCCAGCAACAGCAGCAACAACAACAGCAUCAUCAACAUCAUCAACAACAACAACAACAUCAGCAGCAGCAGCAUCAUCCCGCUCAGCAGCCUCUCCCCUAUAUGUCCUCCCCUCUUGAGUUCCAGAUCCCACUGGGGACCUACAGCGCCACUACACCCACCGCAGGAACUGGAGCUGGACCUGGUCAGAUGGGGGGACUGUCACCUGUGGAUCCCUCAUUCACUAACCCCAGUAGAAACCCUCUCCUCGCCUCAGAUGGGAUCACCCCGCCCUCUCAGAGCUGCAACAGUACAGUCAGUAACCCCCCCGACAUGUCGGGCUGGAACCCUUUCGGAGAGGACAACUUCUCCAAGUUGACCGAGGAGGAGCUGAUCGACCGGGAGUUCGACAUGCUCAGAGCAAACAAACCGGUGGAGAGAACAGCCAGUGUGGAAACGGACCGACCGCAGCCGACCGCCGCCAAGCCUCUCCCUCCAGAGGACCUGUUCGGCUCAGUCCCGUUCGUGGCCAGCGCAGGUACCAGUGUGAUAAAGAUUGAGCAGACCCCUGAGGAAGUCGCCGUUCCCGCCCCCGUCUCGACCACCACAGACAAUCUGCAGCCGACAGCAGCCAAGGAGCACAAACCAGGCAGGAAGAGUAACUGUAGACCAGGUGAAGAGUCCGACAGCGACUUCGAGUCUGAUCCUCCUUCGCCGAAAAGCAGCGAAGAUGAAGAGCCGGAGGAGGACGAGGCGCUGAACAGCGAGCACGGUGAAGACACAGAGCCGGAGAAUUUAGGACAGAGGCCUCUGCUCAUGGACUCAGAGGAAGAGGGCGAGGAGGACGAUGACAAGCACAGCUCUGACUCGGACUACGACCCCAGCAGAGUCAAGACUCGCUCCAAGAAACCUGUGGCGGGUAAAGCAGCUUCUGCAGCAACCGGGAGGAGUCCUCGAGGAGAUUCUGCCAUGACCCUGAUCACCCCUCCUGAGUCGCCCAGCGGAGCAAGAGCUGCUCCGGUCACGGAUGAUGUGGAUGUUUUCGGUGCCGUUCCCUUCCUCGGAGGAGCCUCACCUGUCGGACCUUCAGAGAACACGGACAUCUUUGCCAAAGCGCCUUUCAGGCAAGUCAGCCACGAGCAGCAAGCUCCGGAUGAGUUUGAUGUUUUUACCAAAGCGCCAUUCAACCGGAACCUCUCCAAGUCUGGCAAGAGUGGCAGUGAUGUUCCCAUGGGCCAAACGCCGCCCAUUUCCCCCGAGGGCAUUGACAUUUUCGGCUUCUCUCCCUUCCAGCCGGGCCCCACCGCGCCACCUCCCAUCACCUCCAGAAGUGCGGAUGAUAUUUUUCGGCCAUCUUACGAGGAGUCGCCGAGUCCUCAGCAGCAGAGGCUGAAGCAGCGCAGCCUCCAGAAGCUGUCGUCACGCCAGAGAAAAACCAAGCAAGAGGCCACGGCGGGCGGCAGCAACGGUAAACGGCAUCACGGUACACCUACUGGAGGGCGCAAGACCAACAAGCCGACUUACCGCACACCAGAGCGAGUCCGCAGGCAUAAGAAGGUCGGCCGGAGAGACUCGCAGAGCAGCAACGAGUUCCUCAGCACCUCUGACUCUAAAGAGAACAUCAGUGUGGACAUAACCAUGUCUGAAGGGAAAGACAAAGGAGCUUCUCUGCCGGUAGACGAGGCCCUUUUAGACCCGUUUGGGGCCAAACCCUUCCAUCCUCAGGACGGAUUACGGCACAACCAGUAUCAAGGCCUCGGUGACAGUAAGAGCGACAUGGGCACGGCCAACAGCAAGUCCAGGACGGGUUCUCUUCACGGAGCUCUCGGAGAAAGCAAGAUCAUGGAUGAUUUCGGGGCGGUGCCCUUCACAGAACUGGUCAUCCACAGUGGACCUCAGCAGCAGCAGCAGCAGCAGCAGGCGCCCUCGCAGCCGGUGGAGCUUGACCCGUUCGGAGCUGCACCUUUUCCCUCAAAACAGUGACUUUUCUUGCGUCUUCCCACUCUGCCAUUUGCUGUUAAAUAACCCCCGAGCUUUUUUUGUUGUUCUUUUUCUUUUGGUUUGGGAUCAGUCAACCAGUCGUGGAAUCACAAGCUAAUAAUGUCCUAACGCUUCUUUUUUGAGAGCAUUUUAUUACAGCUCUCAGUUUGAAUAACAAAAAACCCUAAAUCCUGUGGAGUGCAAGUGAUGUUCCCACAUAUCUUUCAGCUGUACCCGUUUGCUGAGAGGCCUUUUUAUGCUGCAUCAUAACGCUAAAGACGUUUGAACCUGAAGAAAUGGGGGAAAAAAAACCCACUCGAAAAUCGUACUGUGAUUACAAGCUUAACAUUCGACCGCUUGACUCGCUGCAAAAAGCUCCUUACGGCCUUGCCUUCUGAUCUACCAAUAUGUUUGUUUUUUUUUUAGCACCACAAAGCCUUACCUGAGCUCGGCUCCGCCUUGCUGCACAGUACCUCGGGAAAAAUACGACACAAUCGGUCAGCGUCGGCCUUUAGUGUUCGGUGGAAUCGUUCGGGAGACGACCUUAACCACUUUGUUUUAUCCUCAUUAGACCUUCCUCUAUGCAUAAUUUCACAGUAGUCUUUUACGCAGCCGGACGUGGCUGUGAUUUGUGUUGCAUUACACUUGGAAUACUAAAAGGGAUUUUAUUGUACUUCCUUUAAAAAAAAAAAAAAAAAAAAAAGUUGGAUCUGUUAAUUGAGUUUAAAUUUAGGCUUUUAACUUCUCUUUCUUUGUUUUCUAGCAGGAGACGUGUGUAAGUACUGUUAAAAAAUUUUUUAAUUAAGUUACAACUCAACACAUUCUGUUAGAAAUAAGGAAGGAAUAAAACACAAAGCCACAUUAGAUCACUAGUCUAGGGGUUUAUGUUUUGAGAACUUUGACCCCCCCAUAGAAACUCACAAGCUCUACUGCUAUUUCCUCAGCAAUGUUAAGUGCUCUGUAAUUUCUGCUUAAGGAUAAAUGGGUAUUGCACCAUCAGUUAAAGGACAAGACUGGUGGUAUUCUGCGUAUUUUUCAACAUUUUUCAACAAAUAUUACGAAAAGACCAAAACCAACAAUGUUACGAUAAUAUGUUAGUCUGGAGGGUUUAAGCCGUUUGGUUCCUACUGAAGCCUGAAGCCUGAUGUUUAGAUUAUAUUUGCUUUUUUUCCAGAUAGUUACUUAAAAAAAGAUUGAUCUCCCUCUCAUUUGUCUGUUCAAUAUCGAGCUACUAGCAGCAGCUGGUUAGCUUAGCUUAACUUAAAGCCUGGAAAUAGGGGGAAACAGCUUGUCUGGCUUUGUCUGAGAGUAAAAGAUAGAAGCUGCCACCACCUCUAAAUUUAAAGUAAUUAGUAAAAAAAUGUGUGGUUUUACAAGGAUUUGUAAUUUAGUGAGCUUUAAAGGUUUUGGUAAGUGGAUUUUUUUUAGCUUACAGACAGAGCCAGGCUGUCUGCAUUAUUGAUCAUCCAUCGACGGCCCCGUUUCCAGGAGGUAAAUCACUUUAUCGAGCCUCAGACACACACACACACACACACACACACACACACACACUACCCGUCAGUUACUGCUUUUAAUCUUUUCAUGGGAUUUGUUGCCAAAAAAAAGUAGAAUAUCACCAGACUUCUUCGUUGACACAGGUCUCUCCUCUGCAGAUUGAGGUAAAUUGGCUCGUUCAUAAAAGGGAAAAAAACGUUUAAGAUCUUUGAGAAAUCUUUGAUGUAACAUUCAGGUCAUUUGUCUUCAUGACUGCACUUUUUCAGCGCUGAAUUCUUCCAUUAACGAGUUCUGUGUGCUCUCCAUCGACGGCCUUAAGCACUGCAUUUACCUUCACAACCACUGGCACAUUUUGUUUGAAUUAAACCUGCAGGUUGCUGUGUUUUCACCAGUGGAACCAUUUGAUACAACUACUUUCCAUCUCUUUUUUUUCCACCAGGGUAAAUCUUAUAUUGUAUUUAUCAUGCUAUACUGCUGUUUGAUGCAAUAAAUAAGAUUCAUCUCAGUGCAGCUUGAGAUGGAUGCUGUAAAGUGGAAUUUAAAACAAA